AUGACAAUUAGAAAUGAUACAGAGCAGAAAUAUGACAGUGAAAACAAUAUUGAUAAUGACAGUAGCGGAACAUUAUCAACCCCACACUUGGCGAUCGGUGGCGCCAAUAUGAUCGGAAGCGCCACACAGCCCAGCUCGGGGGCUCCUGCCCCGUCCAGGAAGACCAAGGACGACACGCCCCGCCGGAUGCGCAAGGACUCCGCAACUGGACUCGCCGCCGGCCUCAAGCAAGCAACGUUAUCGAGGUUUAUGGCUGUACUCCCUGGAGGAACUCAGGGAGGAGGUACGCAGGUACCUCCUCCUCCCGCGCUGACACUACCUGCUUCGACGGGCCCUGGAGCCACUCAGAACACAGCGCUAUCACCCCCAACCGAGACGGGAGGGGACGUAGAGAUGGCAGGCCCUGACCCUCCGCAGAUGCAGGCGACUCAGCUCGUAGUCGAUACGGUCAAUCUGCCACCUUCGAUGCCAUCGUCCUCUACCAAACCAAGGCGGGGCAAGAAGAGGAAACAGGGCGAGGGUGAGGGGGUAGUAACAGCACCAUCUCCGGUCAAGAAGGCAAAGCCGGAGAGGAGCCUGUCUCCCGAGUUCGUUCGGGACCCGGACGUCCUUCGCCAGAUGCCAUCGCGUAUUCCUCGAACUCCGGAAGGCAGUAAACAGGAUCCCAUUCUGAUCACAAAGUCCAACGUGAAGAAGCUCUAUCGUCUCAAAGACAAACAGAUAGAUACCAUCCCAGUGUUUCGAGUCGUCGAGACGAAGGAUGACGACGGACGUCCCUUGAAAGUCUACCUCUAUCGCGAGGACCUCGUCGAGUUCGAGGCGUGGAGGGCAUAUGGUGGUUACACCCGUUUCGUCAGACAUCUCCGCAAGCUUAAGUGUACCUAUGAUAAAAAGUACCCUGAAGCAACUCGCCCAGCCACAUACGAAUUCCCAGUUUCUGUGCACUACAAGGGAGUUCUGGAGGACGAGGAGAAGAAGGAGGAGAACCUUCUAUGCGAUGAGGUGCAGGCGGCCAUCGAAGCUGUGCAGAAUGGAGUCGCUGAACGAGAGGCUGCCUCUUCCUCUCAGCCUGCCACCCCGAAGAAAGAUAAGGGCAAAGGUCGCGAGAAGUAA